GGUAUUACAACUACUACUCACCGAGCUGUUGGGCCUUGGGCUCGCUACCCCCCGCAGACCUUGACCAGACCGCUGUGCUCAACACAGCCCAACCUCGAAGACCCGCCUUGUUGAAAUGAAUCAUUGGCGAAAAUAGCACACAACAAAUAUCAUAGCUCGCCCUGCCGAUCGUGGGGCCCUGCAAACUAGCACCAAUGACGGGCACGCCAGUCCAUGCGACGCCCUUGGGGACGCCCAGGAGCACGAUGACCAACAACUCAGAGGCCCUCGGAGCAGCAAUCAACCUGCCUGGAAAGUCAGAGAAGGUCUGGGUGGGCGUCCGCGUUCGGCCGCUGUUGCAGCACGAGGUGGACGCGAAGGAGACCGUUGCCUGGCGUGCAGCCGACAACUGCACCUUAAAAUGCCUGGCUGAGGAAAAGGGCAGCACGUCGCACCAGCAGAAGAACGUGCAGCAGAACGCCUUUCUCUAUGACCGGGUCUUCGCCGACAGCUGCAGUUCGGAGGAGGUCUACGCCUCAGCAGCUCAGCCGAUGGUGCAGUCGGCUAUGGAGGGAUACAACUGCACGCUCUUCGCGUACGGGCAGACGGGGUCGGGCAAGACGACGACGAUGCGCUCGGUAAUGCAACAUGCUGCCAAGGACAUUUUCAUGCACAUCUCGCGCACGCGCGACCGCAACUUCGUGCUGCGGAUGUGCGCCAUCGAGGUUUACAACGAGGUCGUGCAUGACCUGUUUGUUGACACGGACACGAACCUCAAAAUCAACGAUGACAAGGAGAAGGGCCCUGUGGUCGUGGACCUGUCAGAGCAGAACAUCGAGUCAGAGGAGCACCUGAUGAAAAUGCUGAAGGCCGUGGAGGGUCGCCGGCAGGUCCGUGAGACCAAGAUGAAUCAAAAGAGCAGCCGCUCCCACCUGGUCGUGCGGCUGUACGUGGAGAGCCGCCCUGCAGUGGCCUCCGACGAGGACAACUCGGACGAGGAAGGCUCACUGGCCAGCGAUGACAGCAGCUCGGGCGAAGGCGGCGCGGGCGUGCAGGCACCACGCAUGUCCACAAUUAAUUUCGUGGACCUAGCCGGCAGCGAGCGCCUCACGCAGGCGUCUAUGACGGACGACGUGGACAAGGAGAAGCUACGGCAGAAGGAGGCCAGCAACAUCAACGUCAGCCUGCUCACGCUGGGCAAGGUCAUUCGCGCGCUGGGCGCGGCCGCCAGCAAGCGUGGCGGUGGCGGCGAGCACGUGCCGUAUCGCGAGUCCAACCUGACCCGCAUCCUUCAACCCUCGCUGGCGGGCAACUCCCGCAUGGCCAUCAUCUGCAACCUGUCGCCCGCCUCAGGCUCGGUGGACAACAGCCGCGCGGCACUGCACUUCGCGAACCACGCGAAGAAUGUGAUGAUGCGGCCCGUGGUGAACGAGGUGCGGGACGAGCAGGCGCUCAUCCGCAAGAUGGAGGUGGAGAUUGCGGAGCUGCGCCGCAAGCUGGACCGCAUGGACCGCGGCUCCAAAAAGAGGGCGCUGGCGGAGAAGGAUGCUGAGCUGCGUCAGGCGGUGCAGGAGCGUGAGGCGCUGGCGCGCAAGCUGGGCCAGAUGGAGAAAUUCAUCAUCCGCGGCGGCACCGGCAGUCCCGCCCAGGGCCUCCGCCGUAGCUUCGACGGCGUGGACAUGAAUGGUCUCAACGCCUCCGUGGCGGGUGCUGCUGGAGCCUAUGGGCGGGGCCUUACUGGAGGCCUGGCGGGCGCGGCUGCGGGUGUGGCCGGCAUGUCGGUGCGGGCGUCGUGGAACCCCACCAGCACCACCUCACCGAUGGACGGCCGGGCCACCGCCGCAAGCGCAGCAAACAAGUUGUCAGCUGCACUGGUCGGCAGGUCGGUGGCGCCCAACCGCCUGCUCCUGGACUUCUGGAUGCUGAAGCCGGACGUCCGCAAGUGCCUGAACAAGAUUGAGGGCACAGCAGGUGGUGCCUCCGGCAUCUCGCCGCAGCUGGCGCGUGGCGGCGGUAUGUUGGGCGCGUCAGUGGCUGCGCGCAGCAGCAGCGUUCCCUUUGCGGACGCUCUCAACGCGGUUGCUGCUGACGCGCAGCGGCAGAGCUGCAUGCCGGGCCUUCGCACCGAGAUUGGAAAGCUGCAGACGCCGGAGGGCACAAAGGCGCAGGAGGCCCUGUCCGCUCUGCAGGCGGAGGUGCGCGCCUACAGCCAGCAGCCGGCUGCUGCCGCAGCGGUGGCGGCUGCCGCCAGCGCCACGCCCGACACCGCCGACCGCUGGCUAAGCCAGCUCAACGAGAUGCUGCAGAACAUGGAGGCGCGGCAGCAGCAGCUGGCGGCGGAGGCAGCUGCCGCGGCGACUGCCAAUAGCGCCGGCGCGGCCGGGGAUGCCGCUCAGGCCAAUGACGGCGCAGAGGACGGCGCUGACCCAACCGACCCGCUGCUGCAGCCGCCCAGCGACGAGGACCAGGCAGCACUCAUGGAGUACCUGCGCAGCGAGGUCGCGCGCCUGCAGCGCAUGCGGGCCGCAAACGAGCAAACCAAGCAAGCAAUGGACUCCCUGGCCUCCAAAGUGGAGAACCUGCAUGACUCGGCGGCGGCGGGUGCCCCGGCAAGCGCUGAGGCGGCCCACGCGGGGGCUGCGGAGGUUCUGGAGCGUCUCAAGACUGCCCUUGAGGAGGCUGAUGCCCUGGAGGAGUGCGACGAGGAGGACGAGGACGCCUCGCAGGACAGCAAGACCCCUGGCAGUGCAGGCGGCCGCCAGGUCGUGCCUCGUCGCCGCCGCGCUGGCGCCGCCGCCGACGUUGGUGAGGCCACCAGCAGCCAGCGCUACGACUCACCGGUGGCAAGCGGCCAUGCCGCUACCGCCGGUGCCCUGGCUACGGGAGUGAGCCCGACUGCAGGUCCGCAGCGCUUGAGUGGCACGAAGCUUCCGCGGGCGCUGCUGUCCGACGCCGGUGGCCUAGAUGCUGCCGGAAACGGCGCGGUGCUCAAAUCGCCGCGCCUUGGGCUCAUGGCCUCGCCACACGGCGGCGCCGCAGGGACGCCGGGCGCUGCGCUCACAUCCACGCCCAACAGCAAGACCCUGCGGCCUGCCGGCGCCACGAUGUCCGCAUCUGUUGGCGCCAUGGCGCACGCGGCCCUGGGCCACCACGGCUCUGACAGCCCGCGCGGCCUGGCGGACACGGCGGACGAGAUGGCGCUGCGCCGCAUGCGCACGCCCAGCUUGUCCAUGCAAGCCUCCGACGGCGAGCCUGGCGGUGCCCGCACCGCCAGCGUCAGCAGCCGUGGCGCGCUGCUGCGCUGGGACACGGACCGCGCAAAGCGCAUCAUCAGCCGCGAGAAGGAUGCCAUCCAUGCAUGGUACGCCGCUGAGGUGUCACGGCUCAAGGCGGCCUUCAACAAGGAGGCGCAGGCGGACGUGGAGGCAAUGAAGGAGGCGGUGGAGCGGUACAAGCACAUGUUUGAGGAGACGCAGGAGCGCGUGGAGCGGCUAAACAUGCAGAAGCAGCUGCUCAUCAAGCAGGUGCUGCAGCUGGAGCUGGCGGUCGAUGAGGCGGAGCAGCGGGAGGUCAGGAGCGCCGCUCUUGUUGCGCAGCUGACGGCUGAGCGGGACCAGGCCCAGUACGAGGCCAUGCAGGCCAAGGGCCGCGCGCAGGCGGCAUUUCUGCAGGCGCAGCGCGCACAGGCCGCCCUGCAGGAAGCUCACGCAUCGCACCGGCCCAUGACGCCGAACGAGCAACAUGCUUUCAUUGACGACGAGGAUGACGACUGGGCCAAUGCACCGACGCCUGAGGCGCUGAUGGCCCAGAUCUGCGAGCUAUGGAACAAGCUGCACGUUCCGCUGAGCUACCGCAGCCACUUCUACCUGCAGUUCCGCGACAAGGAGCCCAUCCACCUGUCCAUGGAGCUUCACCGCAUGAAGAACCGGAUGCAGCAGCUGCAAAAGCAGGCCGACACGGUCAUGGAAUUCCACAUCAGCCGUACCAAGGCAGUGGAGAAGGCGAAGCGCGCACUGGAGCGGGAGCGCAAGGUGCUGGCUGCCGAGAUGCGGUACAGCUACAACCAGGCGCAGCGCGAGGAGCUUUUCGAGGCGUGGGGCGUCAAGCCGAACUCCAAGGGCCGCAAGAUGCAGCUGGUGAAGAAGCUGUGGGAGCCCGCCUACACCCAGGACCAGGCUGGCAUUGAGGCGUGCGCGCUGGUGGUGCGCCAUCUGGCCGGACCCGACGCCACCGAGCAAUUCGUGCAGCUCAUGUUCGGCAACACCGCGGAAGCGGUGGCUCGGCCUACACCGGUGGGCGCGCUGGUGCAGACCCUGGUGCGGCGCGUCACCACGCCACGGCCACGGGGCAAGGGCACGCCCAACGCCGCGCCCACGGCCUCCGGGGCGACGAACGCAAACAACCCUGGCAUGGUCACGCCACGCGGCGCGUCCGUCGGCGGCAUGUUGUCACAGCUGGCGGGGCGCAUGGGCUCCUUCCUGGGCCGUGACAACGCCGGCGGCACUCGCGCGUCCACGCCCGGGCUACCGCCAAUGGCACCCCAGGCCACCCCCCGCGGGGCACCGCCGCCGGCACCGCUGGCAGAGGGCGCGACGCCGCGGCACACGCCGGUCGGCUUCGCGUCGCCGCCACAAGCCGGGCCACAGGGCGAGGUGGGGCCCAUGACGAAGAGCUUCGCGCCUGGCGGUGGCACUCCGCUACCGUCUGCGCGCGGGUCAGGGCCGGCCGACCGGCCGCCGCCGUACCCUGCGCAGGCGGCCGGCACGCCACCAGCGUCGGCGCGGGGUGCACCCACGUACGCAGCGGUGCCCGGGCGUGCUGGUGCAUGAGUCUGUUUGACGCUGCGGCAGGUGUAGGGAUUAAAGUGCAAGGUAACUGCUUUGGUAGCAACACAUGUGUAUGUUUAGAUUUGGUAAGUGCCGGUCACCCGGUGGUGGUGGGCUGUGGCGCUAGGUAAACUGGUAAGAGGGGCUUCCAAUUGUAGCUCACUUGAAGGAGUGCCACAAACAAUUGCAUCAUGGUUGAAAGUUGGACGACAAUGCAGUGGCUGAGUGCCUUUAGAUACAAGGUACGCGCGUAGAAGGUCGCCACCAUAAGUACCAACCCUCGUCGUGAAAUAGAGCAGGUGCUAAGGCUUACGAUCCGCGGAAGCGGCAAUGGGCACGAGGUGCCGGCCGAUGGAUGCGGGGUCCUAGGCGUAUGGCAGGCAACUCCUGUCGGCUGUCAGCGGGGCGGGGGGCGUUGGCUAACCCAGUACCCCUUGAAUGCCCCAGCGCUUUGUUUUACUGUAACCCUUCCCAAGC